CUCACACUCCAACCCUGCUCACCUCUCAGCUGGACAGUAAGGAACGUUUACACCACACACUGACAACAUGCUGGGGACCCUCUGCACUCUCAUCACUGCUCUAACUUAUGUUGAUGCAGCAAAAGUUGUGACCCAGACGCCCACUGUCCACACAGUUUCUACAGGACAAGAAGUUGUUCUCAACUGCAACAUUCAGAGAGAUGAUGGAAAAUAUGUCAGCUGGUAUAAACAUGUUCCUGGUAAAGUUCCUCAGUAUGUUUUAAAAUUUUACCAUUCUCACAGUUCACCCAAGUUUGGAACAGGAUUCUCCUCAGACCGAUUCAACUCUAGAUCCUCAUCAAACAUAGAUUAUCAGUUCAUCAUUAAGCGGGCAGAGGCAGGAGACUCUGCAGUCUAUUACUGUAAUACAUGGGACAGCUCUGCUACGGAGGUGGUAUUCGGACAAGGCACCAAGCUGAUCGUGACAAGCUCCAGCCUCUCUCCUCCUGUCCUGACAGUCUUCCCUCCGUCCAGUGCUGAGCUCCAGUCCAACAAAGCCACUCUGGUCUGUCUGUCCAGUCAGUCUGUGCCUUUUGCAGAUGUGACCUGGUUGUCUGCUGGGAGUCCAGUGAGCAGUGGGAUCUCUAGCAGCACCGCUGUUCAGCAACCAGACCAGACUUUCCAAGUCAGCAGCUAUCUGUCCAUCCAGACGUCAGACUGGAACAUGGACAAGGUUUACACAUGUAAAGUGUCUGCGGGCUCCCAGACUUCAGAGAAAAACAUCAACAAGUCAAAGUGUCCCGCUGAAGAAUAGUAGAGGACCAGAAUGAGCAUUUAAAAUCUGUUUCUUUACUGAUUGUGCUGUUUGCUCAUAACAAGGUUUAGAUGUUAGUAAAGAUGUGUCUGCAUGCUUGUAAUAAAUGUUGUGACAGUUAGGUGGAGGUGUUGUAUCGGCUUUGCAAUUGUUGCAUCUUUGAAGAGAUGUUAAAUAAAAUAAAAGCAUUGUGAUAAAACAUCAUAGUUUGUAUUUUUUUUAUUCUCAUGUAAAUACGAUUUAAAACAGUAAUGAUUUAACUGCAAUAAGUG